AUGCCUACCCAGGGACACGUGCACACGGCCGACCACGAUGGCAGACCGCUUUCGAUAUUGUUUCUCCUGAACAAGCAAGCGGAUGUCGACGAGUUACUGCCAGAUCUGAACAACCAGGUGAACGUUCUUAGGGCCUUUACUACGGCGUGGAACAGAGGUCAAAGGGAUGUGUGUGGGUUGAGACCAUUCAGCGGUGCCCGUCCUUGCAACGUUUUGGUUGUCAUCAAGCAACACCAUCGGUCUCACCUGUCGCCCGAGGAAAGCAAACAUUUUACGGUGAAAUCGGCGACGUGGGAAAUGUGGAAUGCCGAACUACCAAGGGCGAAAGGAGCCAUACAUGUGUACUCGUUUGGCGAUGUCGUGGCCAAAGGGUUCAAGUCCUAUCGCAUUCAAUCACACUCGAGGUCGAAUUACGGAUCACCGGCGAUGAGAAUGGCUGUUAAAAAUGCCUUGGCCAAUAAAUACACACAGACGAAAGGCGGCGGAAGCAGCAAUAUCAUUCAAGGCGAUGGCACCGGAGGCCAUGACGAUGACAGCAGGAGCCAUGGCGAUGGCAACAUGACCUAUGGCGAAGGCAGCAUGACCAAUGGCGAAGGCAGCAUGACCUAUGGCGAAGGCAGCAUGACCUAUGGCGAAGGCAGCAUGGCCUGUAGCGAGAGCAGCAUGACCUAUGGCGAAGGCAGCAUGGCCUGUAGCGAGAGCAGCAUGACCUAUGGCGAAGGCAGCAUGGCCUGUAGCGAGAACAGCAUGACCUAUGGCGAAGGCAGCAUGGCCUGUAGCGAGAACAGCAUGACCUAUGGCGAUGACAGCAUGACCUAUGGCGAUGGCAACAUGACCCAUGGCGAUGGCAACAUGACCCAUGGCGAUGGCAACAUGACCCAUGGCGAUGGCAACAUGACCCAUGGCGAUGGCAACAUGACCUAUGUCAAUGAAAGCGGGCUACGGCGAUGGCAGGAGGAGCAACGGCAACGGCAACGGGCUAUGGCGAAGACGGCAGGCUAUGGCAACGGCAGCAAGAGCUAUGGCAACAGCAGCAAGAGCUAUGGCAACAACAGCAAGAGCUAUGGCAACAGCAGCAAGAGCUACGGCAACAACUACGGCAACAGCUACGGCAACAGCUACGGCAACAGCUACGGCAACAGCAGUAAGAGUCAUGGCAACAACAGCAGGAGCUAUGGCAACAACAGCAAGGGCUAUGGCAACAACAGCAACAGCUAUGGCAAUAACAGCAAGAGCUAUGGCAACAGCAGCAAGAGCUAUGGUAACAACAGCAAGAGCUAUGGCAACAACAGCAAGAGCUAUGGCAACAACAGCUAUAGCAACAACAGCAACAGCUAUAGCUACAACAGCAACAGCUAUGGCAACAGCAGCAAGAGCCACGAUGACAACAGCAAGAGCUACGAUGACAAGACCAAGAGCCUUCUCGACAGCAUCAAGAGCCUUCUCGACAGCAGCAGGAGCUAUGGCGGUGACAGCAGGAGUUAUGGAGGCAGCGGCAAGGGCUAUGGCCGCAAUGGGAAGGGCCAUGACGGCAACGGCAAAAAGUAUCCGACAUAA